AUGGCAAAUUGUUCUUUUAGCUGUGUAGGCAGACAAUAGUGCAGUGGAGGCAAGGAGUCUGCAGGUUUCAUAAAGAAAGUUUUUGAAAGUGGAAGAAUCUAGGAGUAAAAGAAGUGUGACCAUUGGGUGAUUUCCUGGAGAAGAAAAUUGUUCAAGUGUGAAGUUAAGGAAAUCUAACAUUUUGUUUGUGGAUAGUUGUAUUCACGUUAGCCAAAAGCUGUUUGCAUAGACAAUGACAUGCAUAUGUAAAAAUUGGUUAAUGACAUGGCAUAUUUAUGGUAAUAAUUUGAUUUGAAGGUGCAACAGCUGAUUUCUUCAAAUGAGGGACUAGCUAGUGUGGAUUUCUGUGAACGAAAGUGAGGAGUUCUGAUAAAUAGAGCUAUUUAAUCUAAUCACAUUAAUUUGAUGGAAGAUAAAUACUUGUUCACAUGAACCAACAGACCUAGUUUUACUGGAAUGCUAAUUGGAAGAGUCAGAUGGCAGAGCUGAAGGGUACUUGUUACAAUCUAUUGGGGCACUUGAAACCAGUAUCACAUGUGUCCUGUAUUUUGGUACAUUGAUAUUUGAUGACACUGAAGAUAAAAAAGUGAUAGCACCCCAAAAGCCUGGCAUUAAUACAGACUAUCACAAUAGGGCCUGUGCACAUAAAACAAAGUUGGUGGAGAAAUGGAUUGGUAUUCAUGUGGUGUGUGUUAGUGUGUGACAGUGCCAGGCUGCCAUUAGCCUGCAGCAGAAUACAGUAGUCUCAUUUAAAACUUCCUCUCUCACCAACCAAUGCCAGGACCCAAGCUUUUUAAUGACUGCAGUACAUGCCGCUUGAUAGACAGUUUACAUACAGAGAUUGCAGCAAAACUACAACAAUUUAUACCCUACAUGCUGCCUGAGUGUCUGGUCCCCUUUGCCAGGCCAGAAGUUAUUGACAGAUACAGUAGCUACAGAGAGAGGAAAACCAUAACAAUAGCCUAUUGUUUAACCUGAAGAUCUGCAUGGUCAGCAUCAGUUGAAUCCCUUCGAAACAUUACACAAGGAGGAGUCAGGUUUCUGCCCUGGUGUAUAUAGGAUCAACGGGAUCAACCCACUGGGCAGAGAAGUCAAGGAUAUUUAAAGUGGUAAGGAGGCGGUGAAAGGAUAUAGCUGAAAGUGGAGUUUCAAGGAGAAAGGUGAGGACACUUGAGGUUAAAUGGUUCCUCGCAUGAAAACACAUCAGAUUAGUGGUGCUUAAUCUACCAAGGCAUAUCAUCAGCUUGGGGCCUACCACUCCUUGGCUGGCUAGGCUGGCUACACAAGCAAGAACAACUUUCAACUUCUGGAUGCAGAAACAGUGUUCUAUGAAAGGGACAACAUCAUCUUAAGAAAGAUCCAUAGUUUAUUCCAGGAAAGUUUAAGCCGUGUUGGAUAACCUUGAGUCUCCACCUAUGUCUCUCACUGACAAGCAGCAGCCAUACAUAUAUAUCAAGUCUCUAUGUGAUGUGACGCGUGACCAAGUCAUACUUCUACUGCUACCAUAUAUCACUGCAGUCACUUCAGACUUACAAGACUGGGACCAUUUCAACUCAGCUGAAUUUUUUAUUUAGAAAAGCCUCAGGCUGAGAAGUAAACACAUUGUUGUUGCAGUCUGCAUGUUACCAGGUGAUCCUAUUACCUAGGCCAGACUGGAUGUUAUUGAGGUGUAUCAUCCUAGCUUGAUACAGGAAUAGAACACCCUCACUGAGUCAGGUUUACCUUCAGCACAGUCUACCUCUCUUCACCACAGAGCAUCCAGCUUGCUGUUACUGCCUGCACUUAGCCAUCCACCUCUGCUCUCUGCUUUGGUUCUUCAUUACUAGGAAUCUUCUAGGAACUUUCUGAUAGUUGUUUUACUUUGGCAGAAUAUUUGACACAAUGUUUCGGAGUUUUCGCAGGAAAAAGAAACAGAAGGCUGAGAAGGAGCUGAUUAGCAGAUCUACCUUAGAAACACACAAGCUUGACCUGAUGGCUGAAAUCUCUGCCUUGAAGUUAAGACUGGCCACAGCAGAGAAGCAGAGGACAGAAUGGGAGGCAAAAUUUACUAUAGCACAGCGCCAAAUUCAAGAACUUCAAGAAUUAUUACGAGGAAAAGAUGCUGAUAUAGCAGAUCUAAAAACCAAACUAUCCAAGAAUGGAACAAUCUCCUCUUACAAUAGCUUAGACUCUACAGGAUAUUAUGGAAGUUAUGGAAUGGAUCAACAAGUACGAAGCCUCGAAAGAGAACGCACAUUGGAACGAUUAAAGAGGAAACUGAACUGCAUCAGUAAUCAGCAGUUGAAAUACACAGAAGUGGAUAAACUUAAGAGGGCUGUGGAGUCUUUAAUGGUAGUCAAUGAAGAGAAGGAAAGAAAGAUUGAGGAAUUGAAAAGAACUGUGCAUAAGUAUAAAAAACUAGAAGAAUUGGUUGCCCAGAUCCAAGGUAGAAAAGUUCUGGAGGGUUUCUAUGAUGAUGCAGGCAGUGACAGCAGUUCAACCACAGAGAAAUCUACACCUUCUCUUCAUGAGCCACACCCUCCACACACAGACCCCUGGGUAGGAAACCCAUUAUAUACACUUCAAACAAAUUCUACAGAGAAGCCCACUAUGCCACAUCCCAAUGCAACUAGCACUCCAGAAUACAGACAGCGGCCACUGCAUAUCCAGCCUGUACCCAAUGGUAACCACACUGGCACCCCGCCCUCCGCCAUAAUGAACCUGCAGUCCCCCAGGAGGUCUCCGGGGAUCAUCAGGUCCAAUAGUGCAGAGGACAUCAAACAGCCUCCACAUCAUGUAGAUUAUGUACCUAAGACACCACCAGCUUCUAAAAAGUUCCGCAUUGAGGGUUCCAAUACUCUACCAAAGGACCCCAACAAGUUGAGUCCUCUCACCCAGCAGCAACAGCAGGCACUGAUGCAGAUGCAGAAGAAAAACAAAGGUUUUUCAUCCUUUGGUAAAGGUUUCUUAAAAAUUAAACCUGGAAAAUGGAGUACCUCUGCACCUAACCUAGCUCAAACAGAGAUGGAACUGGUUGUAGAACAUGCUGAUGGUCAAGAUCCACAACUAGAUCAGGACAAGAAAAAACAGAAGGGAAUCAAAAGGCUAUUUGGAAAGAAGGUGCGUCGCACAGGUUCUCAGGAUACAGAAGGGGGUGUGGACCAACCAGGAGAGUUCCGCAGAGGGGGACUACGGGCCACUGCAGGAGCAAGACUAGGAAUACGGGUUAAUGAUGGAUUUGAUGUCCCCUUCUCAAGAAAAGAUGGUGAACAGGUGGCACUGUGGUUGCAUGAGAUAGGCCUAACAAUGUACAUUGGUGACUGCAAGAGAUGGGUGAAAAAUGGUGCUCAGUUGCUUAAAGCAACUCCUCAUGAUUUAGAGAAGGAAAUGGGUGUAAGGAAUCCUCUUCAUCGUAAAAAGCUGUGUCUGGCUUUGCAAGCGUUGAGCUCAGAACACCAAGACAUGACAGGAAAACUAACUCAUGAAUGGGUGACAAGAUGGCUUGAUGAUAUAGGCCUCCCACAGUACAAAGAUGCCUUCAGUGAAGCCAGGGUGGAUGGCCGGAUGCUGCAUUAUAUGACAGUGGAUGACCUCAUAGCUUUAAAAGUGACCAAUGAGCUUCACCACAUCAGUAUUAAGCGAGGAAUUCAGGUGCUGAGGCUUCACAAUUACAAUCCAAACUUUUUGAAGCGGCGUCCUGCUGCAGACGAGGGCCAGGUGAUCAAUGCUCCAGAGGAAGUGAUGCUGUGGAGUAAUCACAGGGUGAUGGAGUGGUUGAGAACCAUUGACCUCUCUGAGUACGCACCCAAUCUGAGGGGAAGUGGUGUUCAUGGUGCUUUACUGGUUUUGGAGCCCCGCUUCCAGACAGAUUUACUGGCAACACUUCUUUCUAUCCCUGCAAAUAAAACACUACUUAGGCGGCAUCUCAACACCCAUUUUAUCAGCCUCAUAGGAAAUGAAACACAAUGCAAGAAAAGAGAUUAUGAAAUGUCUGCUGAAUAUGUUGCACUCACAGCUAGCUCAAAAGUAAAGGCUAAGAAGAGAAGUAUAUUCAAGAGAAGCAAGUCAGAGAUGGGAGAUGGAGAGGACUACCUCUGUCCGCUGGAACUUUCGGGACCAAUUGGUCAGAACAAUAACAACAGUAUUCGUAAUGGAGGGCAGCAAUAUAGAACAGAGGUUCGCGGGUACAAUACAAUGAUGGGACGGACAGCACGCUCUCCUAAUGCCAAAACUGUUAAAGAAAUUGGUGCAAUGUCGCAAGAUAUAAAUACUCUAACGGACAUGCUUGCAGAGGAAAGAUUUCUUCAAGACGACAGUGUGCCAACCUCAGAUGUUUAGAAAUGGUGAACAUUUGUUCAGUUCAGCUCAUGUUUUGCCCAGAGGGAGAGAUGCCCUUGUGAAUUUUAUGGAGAGAUACAAGUUUUUACAUGUUUGGAAACAGAAUAUGUGAACUGAAAAAAAGAUCAUCGAAGAAAGUUGAGGAGUGUUGACUUCUUCUUAAAUGCCAAACAAAGUUGAAGUGUGCAGGUUUUAUGUCUAUAUAUGAGCACUUCUUAUAAGUCAGACACUCCUGAGACCUCACCAUGAGGUCAUUUUUAGAAGUCGAUGGGAGGUGACCAGUAUGUCUGAAAAUGGGACAGUACAAUUCCAAAGCAAUAGACAGUGGACCACAGUCAGCGCCAAGAUGUAUGAAUGUAUUAUAUUAACAAGGUUUAUGCCUUGAAGUAUAUUUUAUUAUAUAUUGUUUUAAAGUGAACUUAAAUUCAUUUAUUUAAUAUGUUGAAACAGAUUUUUAGGUGUACUAGCUGUCAGCACAGUGAGUUAAAUCACACAAGUUGAUAAUUAAGGCAGAGGUGGGAAUGCACACAAGACGUGGUCUUAGUACAUCUGUUAAAAAUCCAUGAAAGUUUGCCUUAUUUACACAAACAUUAUGUUAUGGUCUUUCCUUUACAAAGAGAGGCUAGUAUGUAAAUACUGUACAUAUCACAGUGAUGUGCAUUAAUAAGGGUUCAUUUUACAUUGACUUUAUGCUCCACAAACUGAGAAAAUGAAAUGUAAUAAUUCUAUAGAAGAGGUAGAUAUGAAAAUUAGCACUCGGAACAAAAUCAUAAUUGCCUAAGAAUUUUUUUCUGAAUGUUUUGGUCUAUGCACUGAAGUAUUAAAUGACAUGAAGAUGAAUUGACUGAUAUUGUUAUGUUGAGUGCCUUCUAAACAAAACUUAAUGGCAAUAAUAUUAUUGUGAUAAAAACUGUCUGUAGCCCCUUGAAUGGAGUGAUUUCAAUGCCUGUAAUCUUGAUAAAUUGAUAAUCAAAAAGGUGAUAAGUUUAUAUGCCUACCUUGUCAAAUGUCAUACCUAUAGCAAGGGAAAAUUACACAGGAAUUUCUUGUUCUAUCAAACUAUGCAGAAAGUAAGAUAAUUUCACUUAAUUUUAUCAUUUGCAAUUAAGGAUUCUGUCUUUUUCAUUUAUACUUUAGAAUAUUUGAACAGUUAGUGUGGGAGUGAGGUAGGCCAUACAAUGAUCUAUAUAUCUUAUAAGAGAAAUGAAAAAAUUUACAAAAAUUCUUCAUCUAUUUCAAAUCAUGGUUUUAUUAGUUUUAUUUAUCAUUUAGAUUUUAGUUUGCUUAUAUAUAUGUUGUACUGUUUUAGUUUCAAUAAACUGAUUAAUUUUC